AUCUGAGCGAAAGUCGCACGUUUCGUGGGUUUUAUAGUGCACUAUCAACAGCUGAAAACAGAGCAAAGGGUAGCCUCUUCAGGGUUAUUUUUUCCGUCACGGGAAAUUCAAAUGUAUUUGACCGCCAUGUACUACUUCAGCUGAGCUUGGGCUGCAACCAUUCUGAUCCUGUGUCUCGACAGCUUUGUGAUAGUGAGCAGCGGCGCCUUGUCAUGACACCGCAUACUUUUGCCUUUUCGAACACCGUCGAGCCAUAAUCAUUACUUCUCUUCUUGACCGAAGUCCAAUAUGGCUGCCACAGUCCCAAAGCCCCCUUGCCCGCAGGCCGAACCCCUCAUCAACGCUGGUCUCCACGUCCUGGUUCCCCAGGAUUCCGACUACGCAGCACGUGAGGACUCAUACUGGUCAAACAGCGCCAAGCUUAAACCUGCCUGCAUUCUCCUCCCCAAGUCUGCAGAGGAAGUUGCAACUGCUGUCAAGGCACUCGCAGCCGCGGGCGAGAAGUUCGCUGUCCGAAGUGGAGGCCAUACCAACUGGGCGGGCUCAAACAACAUUGCUGGAGGUGUAACCAUUGAUCUCAGUUUGCUGAACUUCACGGUGUUCGAUGAAGCGGCGGAAAGCGCCGCCAUUGGGCCGGGAGCUCGCUGGCGUGAUGUGUAUGCCGAGCUACACAAGCACGGGCGUGUAGUCGCAGGCGGCCGAGAAGGCAACGUCGGGGUGGCGGGCUUGAUACUUGGUGGUGGCAAUACAUUCUUCACGGCACGACAGGGCUUUGCAUGCGACAACGUCCUUGCCUAUGAGGUGGUGCUUGCUGAUGGUCGGAUCAUCACGGUAGAUUGGAAAACUGAACAAUACAGAGAUCUGUUCAUCGCGCUCAAGGGCGGGUCCAACAAUUUCGGCAUCGUAACCAAGUUCACUAUGAAGGCUAUAAAGUGCGACUGUGUCUGGGGCGGCAUGACCUUCUUCCCCAAGCAAACGAUCCCUGAAGCUGUCGAUGCCCUCACGUCAUUCACUAGCAAUGUUUCGAACGACGUCGACAGUAACCUCGUGUGUAUGUUCACCUACAUGCCAGACUUUAAGGAUGUAGUCGUUGCCACUUUGUACACGAACCUUGCUGGGAUCGAGAAACCCCCAGCUUAUAAGAAGUGGCUAGCUUUGCCGGAGAUGAUGAGCAUGGUGGAGAUGACCAGCAUCAGCGAAAUGGCCUUCAAGUACAACAUUCCGGCGCAGUACCACAACAUAUGGUUCACGCUAUGCUUCAAGAACGAUCCUCGCAUCUUGAUGAAAGCAUCGGAGCUUCACGACCAGCUCGUGGAGGAUCUCAAGGUUAUUGCUCCUGACGGCGAUUUCACCACGCAGUGCUUGUUCCAGCCCUUACCGAAGCUGUUUGGGCAGCGGGUAACAGAAGCCGGGGGCAAUGUUAUGGGCGUGGAACACCAGGCUCAUGACGGCAUUCUGUGGUUGGCUGUGGCCAUGAUGAAGACUCCUGAGCAGGAGGCUCUCGCGUACCCCAAAGUCAAGGCGUGGGUGAAAACUGUGGAAGAGUACGCUGCAUCGCUAGAUGGCAUGCUGGAGUGGGUCUACCUCAACUACGCGGACAAAAGCCAGAACCCACUGGCAAGCUAUGGAGAAGAAAAUUUGAAAAAGAUCAGGGAUGUGGCGGCGAAGUAUGAUCCGGACCAAGUAUUCCAGAAGCUGUGCCCAGGUGGUUUCAAGAUUUCAGAUGUGAAGUGAAAGAUCGAACAUCUCAGGUGUGGUUCAGAGCAAUGAGGGGAUAAUGUGUUUGAAUUCAACCAAUCGUCGCUUCGCUCUAUAAGAAUCCUCCUCUUUCAGGAAAGCAAUAGUUGCUAUCGCUCAACCGGCACAGCCCGCAACCUCAACACAGCAAAUCAGGACCGCCUUACAUCGACGACAUACCGGGAAGCUCGCUGAGCCCUAAUAAAAAAAAGUUGUUAGCGUCACCUUGGUAGAGUAGCACAUGAAUAUUGGCUUACAGCCAUCGAUAUUCUCAUUGACCGUCGACUGCACCGCGCACUUGUUCAUCUCAG